AUGCCGAUAACUGAGUUCGCCUUCAAGGAGAAGUACAGGUACCAGAACGGGUUCAGCUCGUACCAUGAGACAGAAGCCAUAGAGGGCGCGCUUCCGAUUGGCGCCAACUCGCCCCAAAAACCGCCAUACGGCCUCUACGCGGAGAAGCUCUCGGGAACCGCCUUCACAGCGCCGCGACACGAGAACCAGCAAACAUGGCUCUAUCGUAUCCUGCCUUCGUGUGGUCACAGCAACUUCGAGCCUCGCGAGGCUAAGACGUUCAACACGAACCCUGAAAACAAGCCGUGGGAGAAGAUCCACUACAUCCCAAACCAGCUGCGAUGGGACCCUUUUGACCUUGAUGAGACGGUAGACUGGGUCCAUGCCCUCCACCUCGUGGCUGGCGCCGGCAACCCUACAAUGAAGUCGGGUGUCGGAUACUACAUCUACGCAGCGGGAAAGGACAUGGCAGCCAACGAGGCCUUCUACUCGGCCGAUGGCGACUUUCUGAUCGUGGCUCAGCAUGGCGUGCUUGAUAUACAGACGGAGCUGGGUCGCCUCAUGGUGCGCCCAAACGAGAUCUGCGUCAUACCACGAGGUAUCAGAUACCGCGUCACCCUCCCUGACGGCCCUGUGCGGGGUUACAUAUUGGAGCUAUACCAAGGGCACUUUACCCUUCCCGAGCUGGGACCUAUAGGCUCCAAUUGCCUGGCCAACGCGCGAGACUUCCAGGCGCCGGUAGCCGAUUUUGACGAGGACACGGAAACUGAGUGGCAGAUUCUCGCAAAGUUUGCUGGCCAUCUCUAUGCUGCGAAGCAGAAGCACACACCCUUCGACGUAGUAGCAUGGCAUGGCCUCUACUAUCCGUACAAGUAUGAUCUCGGCCGCUUCAACACAAUAGGGAGCAUCUCGUUCGAUCACCCAGACCCGUCUAUAUUCACCGUCCUCACUGCGCCAACCGACCACCCAGGUACAGCAGUAGCUGACUUUGUCAUCUUCCCACCGCGCUGGCUGGUGGCCGAGGGUACAUUCCGGCCUCCGUGGUACCACCGCAACACCAUGUCUGAGUUCAUGGGUCUAAUCGGCGGCCAGUAUGAUGCGAAGACAGGCGGUGGCUUCCAGCCUGCCGGUGCAUCUCUCCAUAAUGUCAUGUCUGGCCACGGCCCAGACGCGGCUACUCACGAAAAAGCGUCUAAUGUGCAUCUACAGCCCAACAAGGUGGGCGAAGGUAGUAUGGCCUUCAUGUUUGAGAGUUGCCUUAUGAUUGGUGUAACCGACUGGGGCCUAAAAACGUGCCAGAAAAUACAGGAAGGCUACAAUGCAGAAAGCUGGGAGCCGCUGAAGCCACACUUCAAGAGGUCUGGUCUCAAGAAAAUCGAUAACGGCGUUGCACCACUGGUGGCGGGCACUGAGGGAGAUAAAGGCCAGGUGCCUCACUAUACUUGAGCUUGCAUCAGGCUAGCAGACCGUACAUUGAGCGAAGAGCGUCAGGAUAGUUUCCGCAUUAGACUAACGUCGGCGACAUUCGGGGCUUACGACGAAGCUCACCGCAUGUAUAGUGAUGAACGGUGCGUUGCAAGUGCUCAACAGGGAGUGUUGUUGUAGCCCCGCACCACGAGCUGUAGAGUUUCACGUCAACGUCAAAUGCCAUGUGAGCAUUGAGUCC